AACAUUGUCCCUGUAUCGGUAUGGAGAUUUUGAACAAAAAAGCGUCAGCUGCAGGCAGCCACAUUUCAACGACCGAUAUGCAUGAAGUUACGAACAUGAAAUGCGAAAUGGAUAGUUCCAGCAUGAAAGGCGAUCGGCGACUUCUCAACCUCCGGGAUCUCAACGAAAGUGACAGAACCACCAUGAUUCAAGAUACGGUGGAAAAGGCCGUCAGCAUGGAAUCUAAGCAUACAGUGGAGUGCCUGCUUGCACAGGUUCGACAGUUAUCGCCCAUUGAAAGACUCUUACUUUAUCUGAAACUACCAAAUGGAAGAAGCUCUGCAGACCCUUUAAGACAAAAUUUGAAUCCUCUUGGUAGCAGGCUGGAAAUUCACCAUACAAUAACAUGGAUUAAAACUCAUCUUCAAGAAGACCCAGAAGUAUCACUCCCUAAACAAGAUGUCUAUGAGCAAUAUCUUGAUUUCUGUCAAGCAAAUGCUGUGAAACCCCUUUCAACUGCUGACUUUGGUAAAGUUAUGAAGCAAGUUUACCCCAAUGUUAGACCUCGUAGACUAGGAACUCGAGGUCAUUCAAGGUACUGUUAUGCUGGAUUGAGGAAGAGGAUGCGGCUUGCUCCCCCUUUGCUGCCUGAUCUUGGACCCAGUGAAAAGGCUCCCCUAGAAGAUAUAAAUGGUGGAAAAGUUGGAUCUCCAGAGCGAACUCUAUUGGUGGCUAUAUCAGUCUUGGUCCGGGAGUGGGCAGGGAAGACCUUAGGUCACCGGUUUACUAGCUUGCAAGAUCUUGCUUGCCACCUUGUUCAGAGCAUGUCUGUCAAUGUCCAAUCUACAGCAGCAUUGACAGUUCUUUCUGCUCUGAACCCACCCAUUCCUCGCUCGGCUGGACCAAGUAGACCCACGUCUUCUGCUGCUUCUCUGGGAAGUGAAACCCGACCCCCAUCGAGCUGCAGUGCUGGGCCGUCUCGACCCGCGAGUGAGACACCUCGCUCUUCGAUUGAAAGAGACCACAAGCGGAAGAUGCAAGACGAUGCCGAGCGUGCCCGCCUAAAACACACUGACACCAAAAUGCGAAGCAAGCGUACGAAGCAAAGAUCCUCCUCUUCUCCUCUCGAGGCCAAUGGUCCUGUUGGACGACGCUCUGCAGCAAGUAAAGUUGUUGCUCCUUUGACCAAUCAAAAUUGUGAUAACUUGACCGGUGGUCGACCUUUCUCUGAUGUGCCAUACGCCAACACGAAGAAUGGACAAGCAGAUGCUCAGAAUAAUAACACGCUGCUUAGCAACGGAAGUGCUUUAGAUGUGAGUCCUGCCAUUCAUUCUUUGUAUAAUGACACUUUGGUACCUGAAACAGGUGGAAAUGCGAACAUUGGCGCAGAAUUCAUGUCUGAGAGGCCUGACACAGGACUGGAUGGCAAGCUGCCUAUACCCCGCUUACCUAAGCCUACCAAGCAAUCCAUGCAAAAUUAUAUGAAUGCGCCCUUUGCAUCUCCGUACAUGGCUGGGGCUGGUAACCAACAACAACAACAAAUACAGCAUCAGUCUCCAGUACCUGUCCAGAAACAAAAAUACAAACCGAUCAAGCCAAAACCCAACUUGCAUGAAACUGCAGGGUUGAAGAAUGAUGAUGAUCCCUCCAAACAGUCGUCUGUUGUUUCUGAUGAGAAUGGAGCAGUGGGUGUGCAGAAAGGUGGAAAUGAUGCAAUUAUUGGAUGUCUAGAGAAAGAUGCCCUUGAUGAUUAUCUACAUGGUGGAAGUAACUCCCAAGAGCAGGAGGAGGAGUUAAUGCAAUAUUUUCCACAGCAAAGUGCUGUUCAACAGUCCAUGCAAGUAGACUCGACCAACAGCCUGGACAAGAUAUCCCAACUUCGUCGUUUGCUUGAAAGGAAUAUGAAUCAAGAAGCGUCUGGUAAAGCACUUCAGUAUCAAAAUGGGUUAUCAGCUGCAGCAAGUUUGUCACUGAUGUCUCAACGAAGCCAACAAAAGCAUGCCUUGAUUCCUCCAACAUUGAUGACAUGCCAACACAACAGUGCUCGUCGUGUUAGCUUUGAGGUUCCGUGUGAUCCCGACUCUGCAGCCAGUAGCAUUCCACCAAGCCCGAACACAAAGCAAAGGUUCAGCUUUACUCCAAUCUCUCCAAGACCAUAUUCUCCAACCAAGUCCAGCAGUGCCAAUGCCAGCCCGUUUGUAUCUCCUCGCAACACUCCCAUCCCGCGGCGAAUGAGUACCCAACCUACGUCUACCUUCAUGCAGUCUGGUGCUGCGACCAUGUAUUCUGGAAAACCUAUGCACAAGGGCAAUUUGCCUCGCACCAUUAUGAGAUCUAUGUCUGUUAAUAGUGAGACAUGUGCUCUCUCCCCCUUUCAAGCUGUGCAUAAUAGACCAUUUGUCGCUUCCAUGAAAUCAAUUGACAAUAGCCACCAUACGAAUGUCGAUGUGAAACCUGAUGUGAAUGCUUUGCAAGAUAUAGGGAACCCCAGUGAUUGUCAAGGAAAUGUGUACUCCCCUGCAUGGAAUCCCUCAAAUCUCACUACUGCUCUUCCCCCUCUCCAAGUUCCAAGGUCACAAUACCAGGUCUCUAUGUCUGCUCCCCAAUCUCCUGUAGUACAUUACUCUAAAUCAGUCAAGAAAAAUGUUUUUAAUUUCAGAAAGGAGAGCAGAGCUCAUUCAUUUGACAUGGAGAGUUCAAACCUUCUCCUGCCAUCAGUUGAUUUUAAGAACCAACCUGACUUGCCUUCUUGCCACAGUGGCACUCAAGUCCAACCAAUUGCAGAUAAAUAUUCUGAUGAAAUGGGUGAAUUAUUUCCUGAGGAAGAUGUAAUGAUGCCUCACCUGUCUUCUGUACAAGGGAUGUCAACCUUCCGUUCUCAGUCAGUGCCUCUGAGGCGUAUGGUCAAUUCUACAGCUGUCUCACCGAUGCCAGCUACAGCUUUACCUUCUCCACAUUAUGGCCCUCCUCAGAACCAACAAUGUUACUUCAACUUUAAUCAGUACACUCCAGGGAGCUCAGUUGCUCCCACACCAGUUCCCAGUGAAGUUGCGGACUUUGGCAUUGAAAGUGAGGGUAUUCACCCCUCGCCAGCUCCAGCUCCUAGCAGUCUACAAGACUUGCAUGAUGGACUUACCCAUGACAGCAUCAAUCCUGAUAUUCUUAAUGAAAUGUUCAGUAUGUUUGAAGAUGGGAAGGCUGAUGGUCAACAAACAGCUCAGGACUUUCCACAAACUCCAGAGCAGUACAAACCAGACCCUGAAACAACUCUUCGAGGUGAUCCCCUGUUCAGUUCAUUCCGGCUUCAAUCUGUUGGACCUGAGUGUGGGCCUGGCUCUUGCUCUGAGGAUCCGCUGUCUUUAAGUGCCACGCAGUCAAAUAUCACUACCUCUGCGGAUCCCAUCCUAAAUGAACUGAAUAGUAUGGCAAAUGCAGGCAACACUCAACCAGUAAUGGAUAGCCUCAUGGAAGAUGCUCCAUCUUCAUUUAUGACAGAUGAUUUAGAAAGUGAGAUUAGUCAACUGACUCGUGAAGUGGGAAACUCCAAUACUUAAUGAACAUGUACGUUUAUUAUUAAUGUAUUCAAAACCUUGGUUCAAAAGUUUGGAAGCAAAUGCCUUUUGUAUGUUUGAAUUUGGAAGCAAGGAACCAGAGUCCUCUGGGAACUAGUCAAAUUGUUUCCCUGAUUUUUUGUAAGAUCCUGAGCCUGGCAGACACCUUAUAGCUUACACAAAAUAAAGUUCACCACAAAGUACAAUGCACCAGUUAUUUAACAGUACAAAUGUAGCGGAGAUAGUGUACCAGGCUCUCGUGUGUGUGGGUGUGCAUGUGUAUAGGAAUAAUUGAGUGAAAAUGUGAACAUUGUUUGUAUGUGAUAUACAUACUGUCACGUUCCUGUGACGUUUGAAUUCAGUUUUUAUGCCAGUGAGUCUUAGCUCCUAAGAUUAUUGUCUUGUUUGUGUUGAGUAAACUGUUACUUUGACAAGCUGUAUAUGUUUUUCAUAUUGUAAACUGAUACUUAACUGUGAUUCUUUAUUGUAUCUUUUUGUCAGUUGAGCAUUUCAAAGAAUUUUUCUUUUAUUCCUAGUGAUAUUGAACAAUGUUUUUAAGUCUCACUAUACUUUUUAAAUUCUCUUUGAUGCCUCAUUUUUCUUUGAAUGUACACGUUUUACAACCCUAAUUUUGUUAACAUGUCCCAUGAUUGACCUGUAAAGUGAGACACUAUUUUUAUCUUGCAAAGAAAGCACUUUCCUGCUUUUAUAUUUUAGUGACUUUUCCUAGUGAAAAGUACAGGAUUAGUUAUGAUGGUCUGCUUUUGAUUCAAUAACUAAUCUGUACUCUCAUUAGAUGAACUUUUUGAUUUCAUUGUUUUUAUAACAUUGUUGUGUUUGUAUUUUGUAUAUUGUUACUGCUUACUUGCUAUUUUAUAGCUUUCAUUGUUUAAUUUUUUGUACAUUUGCAUGAAAUGGCUGUGUCAGUUACGUGUAAAACUGCAUUUUUUUUCUAUUGUGAACUCAAAGAUGAUCGGUCAUUGUGUUCCAGAUGAUCGGUAAAAUUUUUAAGUGACUUCAAGUUUUAGCCAAAUUGCUCUUUUGUGUGGACCAGAAAUAAUGGAAAUCCUUAAUUUGAAUUUAAGGUAACUGAUACACUAUUUUUAUGAGACCAAUGUUCUUAAUUUUUUAGAUGUGAAACGUCAUAUUUUAUUUUAUGGUAUUGAGUCUUACACAGUCUUGACAUUCGGUAUGUUACUUGAACAUAGACUAUACUAUGUGUAUGUAGUAAUUUUCGAUUUGUUACAUGGACUGAUACAUUUCAUUGUUUUUAUAGCCAUAAUAGUUAAUUAUCAACCAAGUUGCUGUUUAUUCAAUUUCAUUGUAUUAUUUUGCCUGUUCAACCCCCUUUAUUGCAGACUACACCAAACAUAGCCUGAAUGACAGAAUAUAGAAACUGAGCUAUGAUGUGUAUAUUAGCUUUUCCAUCCAUUUAUUAAGUAUGCCUUGUAUAUAUUUGAUGGCAUGUUGGCUUUGUGGUUUGGAUACUAAGGUUACUUAGCUUUCUCACAGUAUUAGGUUGUACUGUUGCAAACACAAAUGCUACUUGAUGUCACUUUCAUAGGACUGUCCAUUAACACAAAUUCUUAAAGUGUCAAAUUUUUGUUUUGGGCUUCCUUUUGAUGUUCAAUGAUAAUGUUUGGGUUAUUUUCUUUCUGGUCAGAUGUUCUCUUUUUGGUUAAUAUUUAUCACAAAAUUAUGGACUGGGUUGAUGUGCAGUUGGUCCAAAAUCCAAUUCUGACCUCUUGUAAUCCCAAGCCGUCCAAAGUCAUACCUAGUUUAUCUCACUUUGUGAGAAAUUGUAGCUCUUUUAAAAUUUGCACUGCCACCCAGUAGCAUCUUUUGGAGUAAACUUUGAGACCAUAUUUGUAUUCAUUAUUUUUAUACAAGUCUACUAUGUGGUGAAACAUGUUUUUGUGUCAAUUUGGUUAAUAGCAGCAUGUUGGCAAAAUCAAUUGUUUAAGUAAUGUUAAAAUGAUAUAAAACCAUUUGUUAUUGUUAUAUGAGUUAACUAAAUUACAGGACUUCCCUUAGAGUGAAAUCAACAAUUUUAAGUAAGGUUUCAUGUUGUAGAAUUAGCAUCACAAUGUUGUUAGUUUGCUUUUUUUGUUUUGAGACAGUUUAAAUUGAUUUGCAAAAUUAACUUGUGUCUUCAGCAAUUAAAAAUGGUAAUGACUUGGUUUAUUCAAAUGUGGUGAUUUAUUAAAAUGCUGCCCUUCCAUUAAUACUGUAAUAAAAAGCAAUGUCAGUGUGUCUGGCACGUUAAAAUUUUACCAGUGUGUGUCAUAUCAUUGCCAUGUUUCUUUAUAUUGUAGGAAAGUGUUGCUAAGAACAGGUUCUUAUUAGCCCAGAUUGACCUACGGUUUUAAAAGGUGAUCUGCUCUUUCCAGAAAUUAGCAUUUAUUUGAUGUUUUGGACAGCACACAAUGAUGAUCACACAUUAUUUGCUGUUUUCAUUCCUCUAUUUCUUUCUUUUUCUCUUCAAUAUAUUUAGUGUUUAUUUUAUGUUGCAUGUAUCUCAGUGACCUGCUUUAGGUGUGAACUGAUUCAACAUUUUUUAACUGCAUUUCGCAGGUACUUCACAAUGUGUUUCUUCAGCCAUUAGGGCUUCUACACAAUGACCAUAGUUUGUCAAUGCUCAUGUUACAUGGAAACUGAUAAGAUUCUCUUUGCAACUGAAAUGUGUAAAGGUGACUAAAGAAACAAAAAUCUUUUUUGUACAGCUUUGAUUGUUACAAAAAAUGGAUGUUCAAAACAUUGUAUGUUCUUAACAAAACGGAAGUAUAUUCCAUUUGGCUUCUACUAAACCUUGUAAUACAAGCCUUGAAAUUCCAACCAACUCACAAUAAAUGAUAUUUUUCUUUGA